UCGGAUUACAGGGUGUUAAGACGACUUAUUAAACAAACCUAAAGUAAACGUCGCAAAUGCUGCAACCUAAAACGGUUACAGCAUUUGCUGGCACGCGCGUUGAAAUCGGUACGUUCGUGCCGAAGUGCACGAUACCACUUAAACAUGGAAGCCCUUCUCAAGCCGCUUUACCUUUGUUUUUUCAAGGUUUCCGCUGGACUAAAGCCACCUAUGCCCUCGACGAACAGUUCAUGUGGGGUUCUUCCAUCUUAUUUUCUCCAAUCUUAGACGAGGAUGCAACUACUCACUCUUACUACCUCCCGCCUGACGUCUGGUUCGACUUUGCGUCGGGAUUGCGUAAAGACGGAUCUACGGAAAUGAUGAGCCGUAGUAUAACGGAGAACUCAACACUACUCGUCCACGUUAGGGGAGGACAGGUGCUUCCAGUUCAGCCCGCACUGAAAAACACCAUGGACAGGACAAAAGUUCCGUAUGACCUUUAUGUUUACCCCAAAGACGGAUUCGCGACCGGUGAACUCUUUGUUGACGACGGCAUAUCUCAUGGAACCGUUGAUUCAAACCAGUAUGACCUCUUCAGUUUUAUUCUAGCUCAGAACCUCCUGCGUGUAUCGAUCAGCCAUUUUGGGAACGGGACGCGACAAAAUGCGACGGUCAGGAACAUUGUGUUCUUCGAUGUCGACGUUCCACCAACGAGGGUGACAAUGAACAAGAACAGCCUGUCUCAGAAUUCCGUGCUCCACGACCCCACCAAGAAGAGCCUGACAGUCACGGUGAACCUGCAGUUACGCUCUCUCAACAGCAUGGCUACGGAGGCCGUUCUGCAACUCUACUGAAAUAGUCGACGGCUACGAGAGUCUUAUCAGUGCCAUGCGCAGUUGGACCUUUAACAACAUGCGUUGUUCGAGGAAUGCAACAGAGAGUUUCUUACAGUACUACAUUGGCAGAAAUAUGGUGACGUCGCCCGUGCGAGUUUCCUAACGGACGCUGUGACAUUUGAAUGCCGGUACAUGAAAGGUUCGGUACGCGCUGCAUGUGGCUCGACCUGAUACGUUGCCAUGGCCGAGCCAGCGAUACCUUUUUCUUUCUUAUUCGCAAAUGGACCGUCAUGGAAAAUGUGGUUCAUCAACUUGUGUUAAUGCUUUCUCACAUAUAAUGUAACAGGUGAACAAGGAAAACGAAAAACCCAUUGUGGUUGAAGGUUGAAACCCGGGCAUAAUGAUCGCGGUCCUCGUCUUACCCCUCAUUCAGCGAGCCGAAGGUAGUGCGGCUGAAAUUUUGAUGUGAAUAUGCACCCUACCGCGAGCAGUCAUUCUUGAAUAAUUGCCUACAAUACAAAAAACAGCAUCUUAUACGCUUGUUUUAGUAGAGACUAAUAUAUCGGGACAACGCAGCGCUGAUAAUUGUGCCGCGUCUUCUAGGUGUCCUGGCCCCUCUCCUCUGACAAGAAGGUCAGUCUUACACCCCCCUCUACCCGACAUUUGCAUGCAUACAACAGCAUCGCAACGCCAUUUUCCUAUCUGCGUAAUUGCAAGAAAUUCUGAUAGAAUGUAAGUCGUGACUCCGGUAUCGCAUGUUGCCCGAACAUCUUGAGGUAGCAGUAUAGUUAGCUAUUUCUCAUUGGAAUGGCAAACAGCCCCACGUGCGACACAUGCAGCUGCGAUGAGACGCUCAUACAAAUUAUAUGUGUCUGGCCGCGCUCUAGUGCCGAGAGGCAAGUGAUCUGCACAGUUGCUGGACCGACGGGAUAAUCGUCCACUGUCAGAACUACAAGUUUUAGGCCAGAACUUCCAGAGAAACUCCGCGCAGAGAGGCUUUAUUCGCGCUACUAAGGUUCCUGCGGCCUAUGGGCCUUCAUGAUAGACUUUAAGAACGCCGCCUGCUAGUCCUGUAUAGUGUACGCGGUUACUUUGUUUGUGCUCGCCUCUCUUUCUCUCCUUCCACUCUCUCUCUUUCUAGUCCUCCACCCCUUUCUCCCGUGCAGGGUAGGCAACCGGAACUACGUCCGGUUAAGCUCCCUGCCUUCGUAUGAUUAAUUUAUCUUUCUUGCGGGGGAAGAGCCUUUUGUUUAUAUUGCAGACGGAGUAACGUUUAAGCGAACAAAUGAGAAGAGUGUCACGUGUGUUGCCAUGAAAAGACAAAACGAGGGUGGUGUGUGUGUGGAAUGGCGCGCGACGUAUUUAGUGCUUACGUUUGUCAUUCGCGCGAUGUAACGUAUGCUUUUUCUGGAAUUUCACGGCGUUGAAGCGCACGAAAUAUUUCAUUUGCUUGAAUGUUUGCACGCCGAAUGGUGCCGAGUGUUAGUCAUACCAUAAGCCACGCGUAAAGCACAGUGGAUUCUCGUUAAACGGAACCUCCAGAAGCGAGGAAGUAAGUUCCGUUUAUAAGGAAUUUCAUUUGCCGAGAGUUUGAGCUCAAGUCUACACAAGAUGCUCUUUUGAAAGGGGCGGGUAUUUUAUUGUUAACAGCAGGUAAUAGGUUUGGCGGGUAUCAUUAGAAAGCUUCUCCUUACAAAGUUUCUUCUUGCUGACUACAGCUAGCACUACAAAGCAUGACUGCAAAAUAAAAGUUAAUUAGUAAAAAGCAAUCACUUUCGAAGCAAUCACUUUCGAAGUGACGCAAUGUGGGGCAAUUUUUGCGCCGCCAUCGGAAACGCAAAGUAAGGUUACAGCUCAUUGACCUUGCUAGCACAUACAUACACACAUACAAUAUAAAAUAAAACAUUGCAAGCCACAAUCACGAUAGGGCCACACUGACGACGGCACCAACAAAAGCCAGCAAAAGCCACCUGCAGGUUAAAAAAAAAUGUGGUUCCGUACUAGUUUAUUGCACUGCCUUAAUUCAAAACCAACCAAUCAUAACGCUGCCGUUCCGUUUAAGCGGUAAUUUCGUUUAAGCGAUUUCUGCUUACCGAGACUUUACGGUAUAAAUUCAUUGUUACGUGGGUGACGAUUUCUGUAAUCGGGGGUAAUGCCUUCAUCAGAUAAGCAGAGUGGAAUUUACCUUAAUGGGUGCCCAUUUUGCUGGACCACAAUUUUCCUGUGAUGGGGAUUACGAAGUAAUGUAACAGUGUGAAUGUGCAAAUAAAUCAGGCAGUCUAGUGAAUGAAUUCUCUUUGUAUGGAAACGAAUGCGGAAACAAGUGUUUCAUAUUAACGGUAGCUUCCCUUCAAAUUGUGCUAUGAAUGGAAUGAAGCCGAUGGAUAUGUUCGCAUCCUAACGUGAGUGUGCAUGUGUGUGCGUUAAAAUGCCUAAUAAACCACUUCUUGUUUUCAACGUCAUUUAAUGUGACCACUUAAUGUCCUUACUGUUGACUUGUACAGUACUAGUACGCAUCUUAGUAUUUUUUUAUUAGUGGUUAUCUGCGCGCCCUCCCACGUGUGGUAUUGGAAGCGAAAUGCUUUGUUUGUCUAGUGAACAUAUAUAUAUUUUUUUUGCUGUGCGAAAUUUCUAUCGGUUGACUGUUGUAGGCGAUAAGUGUUUAUGCAGAGUGUUCUUAGUGACUUAGGAAGGCGGAAACAAGAGGUGAAGCGUUUGAAUCCUACUGCCAGCCACCAAUGUUCGCCGAGACAGAUUGGAGCUAAUAACCGCCACGAACUGCCAGUUGGGCCCGAGUAGUGCCGGGCGAAGUUCGAGCCAGGAAAAUAAAAUCCGUAUCAUGUGGAAGAACGUUUUUUUUUUUCUCGCUAAAACGUGUGGUGUCAAGAAAGUGUGAAAAUAAAUGUCAUAGUAUAUAUUGCUUCAAGUACGGCUCUUUUU